GAGCCCCUCCCUAUAUAUAUAUCCAUAUCAAAUUCCGUCGUUUUCCCUUCUGAACCCUAGAGGAGCAGCCUGCCUGCCAGUGCGAGGAGGUGUCGGCGCGUCUCUCCAAGGACCAAGGAUGUACACUUCAAGGAAGAAGAUCCACAAGGACAAGGAUGUCGAGCCCUCCGAGUUUGAGGAGUCCGUGGCCCAGGCACUGUUUGAUUUGGAGAACACAAACCAGGAGCUGAAAAGUGACUUGAAGGAUCUGUACAUUAACUCAGCCACCCAAAUUGAUGUGUCUGGAAACCGCAAGGCUGUUGUGAUCCAUGUCCCUUACAGACUGAGAAAGGCGUUCCGCAAGAUUCAUGUUAGGCUUGUUAGAGAGCUCGAGAAGAAGUUUAGCGGAAAGGAUGUAAUUCUUAUUGCCACCCGAAGGAUAUUGAGACCUCCAAAGAAGGGUUCCGCCGUCCAGCGUCCCAGGACCCGCACCCUCACUGCUGUGCAUGAAGCGAUGCUCGAGGACAUUGUUCUGCCAGCUGAGAUUACUGGCAAGCGCGUCAGAUACAGGCUUGAUGGAUCCAAGAUCAUGAAGGUUUUCUUGGACCCGAAGGAGCGGAACAACACUGAGUACAAGCUAGAGUCUUUCUCUGCAGUCUACAGGAAGCUUGCUGGAAAGGACAUUGUGUUCGAGUACCCGAUCACAGAGGCAUAGAUCAUGCGUUCUCGCAGACUUUAGAAGUUUUGUUAUGUCCAAUCAAAUUUCCGAAUUUUGGCAUGGAAUUUUGUGAUUUCGCCCAUUGGGUUGUGGAUGAACCAUUAGUAUGUUGUUUCUUAUGGUAUUAGUUAUCGACGAUGAAAAUUUCAGUGAUAAUGCAUUGGUUCAACUGAGGCUUGAUUAUUCCA